AUGGUUGGCAAUACUGGUAUGAUGCGUUCUUAGUGCGUAGUAGUACAAUGGAAAUGGUUUAGUCAUCGUCAUCGGUGUGGCACAGUAUUAUUGAUCUGUAGAAGCUUGAAAGCUUUUGUUAUAGUUACUGCUAGUAAUACUGAAUAGUAAAUACUAGUUUUGUUUCACCACUAAUUGCGAAGCCUGCUUGUACAUUUUGUCCGCUCAGUCGACAUCGAAAUUACAAAGUAAGUAAUUAACGUGAUCCCAUGAUCUUACAUUGUGUCGCAGUAAUGCGAUGUUCGUCAAAAUCGGUAAUUUUAUGUAUUUGGUUGCAAAAUGUCUCAUUUUUUCCGUGAAAUUCCAUUUUUCAUUAUGAUAUUCCUAGUGAUUUUUUUCUCUCUUUUUUCAAUCCUUUAUUAUAUUUUCUUCCAUUAAAGGAGUGUUUAAUUAUUGCGUAUUAUGCUUUAAUAUACCAACCUAUGAUAUUUUUGAACGAUUUUAAGUUUAUAAUAAAUAAUUAAAUCUGGCCAAUUUUGUAUUUGGCCUUAAUAGUGAAUACAAAUUACUGCGUUUAAUACAGUGAAAGGUUAUUGGUACAUUUUAUCUUAUUGUUAUUUUAAUUUUAUUAUUAUAUAAUGAGGUAUUACGAAUACCCCUAUAAUAUAAUACUAUAGUACAUAUCAUCGACUAUUUUUUUUUUAUAGCUACAAUCACUAACAAGUUAUUAACAUAAAUUAUUUAUUUUUUACACCCAAUCGAAAUGGUGUAUACCAGUUGCGGUCAAAAUCUAAAAAUAUGUGUUAGUUGUGGCAUCAUUAUUUUAUUUAGUAUGCUCAUUGUGGUCACUUAACUAUUGGUCUGUACUAUACUGAAUGUGGACUUGUAUACCUUUUGUUUGUUCUGUUAUAUUGAAUUGAGUAUUAAAUGUAUAUUAUUUUAUCUGCAAUAAUUUUUUAAUCAACGUUUUCCUUCGUAAAGAUAAUAGACUUGUAAUGUAUUUUGUAAGUAAAUAUUGUUAAAAUCCCAAUUCAAAAUGUUGAUUUUAUUUACAAUUAAGUUGUUAGAAUAGCGUCAAAUGUAAAAUAAAUAAUUAUUAUUAGUUUAAUAUAAUUGUAUAAUACUUAUUGAAGAUGUAAAUGUAAUAAUUGUAAUUAAAAUUUGGAGGGGUACAAAUUUAAAAAAAAUCAACUUCACAUACUCAAGUUGAUUAAUUUCACUUCACCAUCUUAAUAAUAUCAAAUUUGUUUUGCUAUGAAAUUUUGUUUCUCAGUCAACAUCUUAUUAGUACAAACAGUAUGUUUUUAAAUAAGAGUCUUGAAUUCAUGAAAUGCAUAUAUAUUUGGGUAGGGGAAAUGUAGGAGUAGUAAAACAUGCUAUUGAGCUUCAAGUGAAAACUUUUUCAUGCAUUGGUCAUUUGUGUCAUUUGGAAGAAAAACAUUCAGCCCAUAAUGAUGGUUGGUGAAUAUCUUGAAUCUUUCCUUACAUACAUUUUGAAAAUAUUAUCAAUUUUGGAUUAUCAUAGCUAUGUGGAUAGCUUAUUCGAAGUCAUUAAUAACUGUAUCUAACAUACUUUUGUGUGGAUCAUAAUAUAUCAUAAUUCGGGUAUUUUAAUCUUGACUACAACUGUGAUAUACACUAUGAAUGGCAUACCCCAAAUGUUAUAUUUAGGAAGUUCAAGUAUUAAUUUGUAAUGAUAUUGUUUUUCCAUCUUAACCUACACUUACCAAAAAUAGAACAUGUACACUGAGUGGUACGUUGUCUUUAGAUGAUAAUUUUCAGGAUAAUUAUCAUUGGUAGAUUUAUUUAUAUUCAUAAAUAUAAAUAUUUCUUCUAGUAUUCAUUGCUAUGGUAGGUUGAAUGGAGUAAGAGAAUAAAGUAAUUAGAGCCAUAAGGUAAUGGCUAUACCUAAGAAACUUGUAGACCAAGAGUUAUGGUCAUAAUUUCAAAGUUUUUAAUAUAUCAUAAUCAUAAUUUGUUUUGAUAUAAAUAUGUGAUAUUUAUUUAUUAUCUAAUAUUUUAUUUGUUUCUAGCACAAUACAUUUGGAAGAAGUUAAUUCAGAAAAAUGAACAAUAAGAAUGCUAAAAGGUGUACUAAAAUCAACUAUAUUCAUACAAAACAGUAUACAGAUGCUUUGAUGCGUGGAAUUAUGUUUCCACCUUUUAUUUUGAUCAAACGAAUGUCAGAAGAGGACAUUAAAAGAUACACGUUAGAGAAUAUUUUUUUAUGAGUAAAGGAAUUGUAUUGUAAGAUAUAGGUUACAGUAAUAAGUAAGAAUCAAUGGUAAUAUUUUUAAAAAUAUAAGUUUUUGUGGGAUCCAUGGUUUUUAAAUUUUAAAAUCAAAUAAUGUACAAUUUUUGAAAAGUAAGACAUGUAAAGAAUACUUAUGUAGAUAAAACACCUAAUUCCCUACCCGGGAUUGAUUUCAACACUUCAUCUCACUUGGGGUUUUCAUUCAUUUUCAUGCAAUGGAAAUUUUAUUCAUGACAUUGUUCUUUAUGUUUUCUUAAUGAUGGUAGUCUUACUCACUUAGGACGGCUGAGUUUUUCUGAUUCUGCUAUUGAUUUGUAUAUUUCCUCACCCAACCUUAUUUGGAAUUUAUCAUGAUCCAUAUUAGAUGAUUCUUAUGGUAAUAAUCAUAUUACUCUAAAUUCUCAAUUGCGUCCUAGAAAUUCCUAAUCAUCUUGUCCUAAUCUUAAUUUUACUUAUUAUAAUUAUAUUCCUUUCAACUUUAAAAAAACUGAUUGGAUUUCAUUCUUUCUUUUAAUUUACAAUGCUAUUUAAUCCUUUCCAAAUGAUUGUUCUUCCUGUAAUUUGUAUUCUACUUUCAUGGAUAUGGUUGACAAUACCACAAAAUGUUCCAUCCUUGUUUAUCGUGUUACAAAUAAAAAAUAUCCCCCUUCUCUCCAUAUUACUGAGGCCAUUCUAAGUCGCUUUUUAGUGUUUUUCGUUCUUCUGGCUCCAUGGAGGAUUUUCUCAAUUAUCGCAACGGCUGUGCAAUAACUACUCAUUGUUUAAAAAAAUAAUAAAGGAAAGCUUGGAGUUUGUUAGAGUCUCAAUUCCUCUUAAUCAAUUCUCUUUGGAACACAGCUAAACGUUACAAAAACUUAGUUUGUCCAUCUAACGGUCCUAUGAAAGACUAUUGGUUCUAUGAUUUUUGUGCAAAGGUUGCUCCUAAUUAUGUUCCCACUUACUCUUAGGUCUCUUCUCUAUAUCCUAUUGUCUCUUCAUCAUGUAAUGUUUCAUUCUCUUCCUUGGGCAUUAUGGGAUAUCUCCACUUUUAUUGACAAUAUUUAUCACUCAUUCAAUGAUAAAGAAUUUUUGAUGGCUGCCUUUGUGGACAUUCAAAGUGUUUUUGAUUUAAUUAAAAUUUUUACCUUAAUUUCUCGUCUUUUAUCAGACUUCUCCUAAGUUUUGUAAUUUUCUCUUUAUUUUCUAGUUGUAAUUUGUUUUUUUUUUUUCGUUUCACAUAGUAAUCGUUCUACUUUUUUUGAUCUUCUACAGGGAACUACCUUAGUUUGAUACUCUUAAACAUUUACAUGAGUUCUAUGACAAAUCAUCUCUCGAAUUAGCUAUAAAUAUCUCAUCUAUGCAGAUGAUAUUGUCGUUUUUCCUCAAAUAAAUCUCUUAAUUUUUCCAUUGAAUCUAUAAAUCUUGCUCUCAAUGAAUUAGUUUUUAUUUUUAAUAAUCUAUUUUUUUUAAAUUGCUUUUAAUAAAUAUAAACCUGUAAUAUCUUAGUUGAAGAUACUUGGAUUCCCCUUAAUGUUUAUCUUGAAAAUAAUAUUAUUUUCGCUAUAAACAUCACUUAUUUAAGAGUUAUACAUAAUUCAAAAUUAUGAUGGUUCCACUUAUUAUUUCACUCACUUCUGUUCUCGUUGGGCUAAUUUUGUUUAGAUCAAUAUGGGAAUUUGGUUGAGCUCUCAUUCCUCCCUUUUAUCCAUUUAUAAAUGUAUUAUAGGUGCUAAACUCGACUACGGAUGUUUUCUCUUUGGUUCUGCUUCAUUUUUCAACUGGAAAAGACUAAGGUUAGGUUAGGUUAAUAAGUUAUAAAGUUCUUGUCUUUAAAGUAGUAUGAGUUAUGUGAAAUCAUCCCCUCUUCCUGCUAUUGAGGUUGAAAUUAUGUGUCCUUUUAAUAUAAAAUACUGUUAGCGGGUGAAUUUCUCCUUAAAUUUCUAUUUCUUUCCAACUCUACCCUAUUUGACACCUUUUAUACUUUGUACUAACCUGGCGUGUUUUUUUUGAAAUCUCUCAUUAUCCCUUUGUAGAUGGAAAACUUCAUUUCCCCUUCACACCAAUGUAAUAUUUUGAAUUCUACGAAACCUCUGUACAAGCCUUUUUGAGCAUAGUUUCUUUUAUACAUAUAUGUAAAUUUUCCUGUUUUUCCUAUGGUUUUUUGAUAAUUUUUCCAAUUAUAAAAAUCACUUGGAAAAUCAAAAAAUGACAUAUAAGUACUCACUUGAUAAAAUUUUCAUUUUACAUGAAACUCUGAGCAAGAUUUCUGGUAAAAAAAUUGUUUGUAAAUAAAAAAAAAAACAUAAAUAAUGUUACAGGCCGUUUGGACACAGCCUUUCAAUAGGAAGAUGUACAUGAGUGUUAGGUCUGCAAAUGGUUUUUUAUUAGAAUUUGAACAAAACAUUGUUGACAAAUUGUAUCUAUAAGUGAUAAACCUGCGACACCAGUCUCGGGUCAAUAUUUAGUUGUAAUUAUUAGGUAUAACUACACUAAAGAAAUUACUGGACAGGUUGAUGUUGAUGUGAUGGUGUGUCGGUGGUGGUAUAGCUGUCUUGACUUUUGACUGUGUUGGAGUCGUCACCAUUGGUGAUGAUUCCGGUCUCUUUAUAUAUAGUUGUUGCCUCGAUCGAGGCCUAGGUGAUGUAGGCUAUGUCUAAUGGUAACACAUCGUCUGUACCUGGACACGUUUUCCCUUUGGCCUAUAAACACGUAUAAUCCGUUGUUGAAUGGGAACAUCGUCAGUUUACCAUACCCAUAUUAAUGGCCCUGACUUGGGUAUACUUAAUGUAAUUUAUAAUUAACAAACUUUACAUGUGAAGGACAGAGUCUGCAAUAAUAAACAUUGUAAAACACGUCCUCGCUACGCUCUGAACAUAAAAUAAUGUGAAAUGAGAAAUAAGAAUAGCAAAAACUUAACAUUGGUUAAUGUUUAGGUAUCUUUUGUUUAUUGGUAUUUUUUAAAUUUUAUUUUAUAGUAAAUUUUUAAUUGUUGAUCAUAGUGGUGGCCAACGUACAGAAAAUAAAAAAAAUAAAGCUGGGCGUGCUAAACAAUACUCAAAUUUACGUCUACGCUGUGCUCAAUGUUCAGUGCUGCGUAAACGUAAAGGCUCUCGAUGCAUGUGUGUCCGUGCUAAAGUUUCCAGACAAGUGGAGGCCAGUAAUAAAUUGAACCAGCGUAAUUAUGCAAUUCAUGAUGAUGGAAAAAUGUUUUGCGCAUAUGUUAAACUUUCAGAAUUGUCACAAAAAGACAUUCAAAAGUUGAUGUAAGAUAAAUAUAUAUUUUUUUAAAUAUUUAAUUCAUUAUUAGUUAUAAAAUUAGAAUUAAAAAAUAAUAAUAGUUUAAAUAGGCAAGUUUUAUAAAAAUCUAGAUUUAUGAUAUUAAAAUGUAUAAUAUAUAGCUUGAUUACUUUGAAAAGUGAGGCAUAAUUAUGUAUUUAAAUGAGAAUUGCAAAAACUUUAUAUUUCAGUAAAUAGGUACCUAUGAUUUCUUUUAUUUUUCACAUUUUAUUAUAAAUCAUAAUAUUUUAAUUAUUAAUCUGUAAUUGAAAUAUCAUUAUAAACUGAACUUAAUUGGACAGCAGUUUAGUUUUUAUAAAUUUAACUUUAUUAAUAACAUAACAAUUGUAAAAACAAUGAUAGCACUGAAAGAGGUCAUUCUUCACCUAGAUUGGAUGUAAUAACAGUACUAAUGCUCAAAUUAUAUUUGAAUGCUUCAAGUAAGAUCUUUAUCUCAAAUUUUUAAUUUUGCCUUUUCAAUGUCUAUAGUUUCAAGUCUAAUAUUGAAAAUUACCAAUAAAAAUUAAAUAUUGCCAAAUAUUUGAAAAAAAAAAAAAUUAAAUAUACAUAUUAUGUUAAAUAAAUUUAUAAACCUGGUGUCUGUAAUUUAUAUUAUUAAAAACAAUCUCACUAACACAUUAGAAUAUGGAAACAAUAUAUUAGACAAUUGUUGAAUAUUAAAGUGCCCAAACAUGUAUAGAAAGUAAACGUAAUAUACUUUCCUAAAAAUAUUGUAAUCUGGUAGACAUUAUCUAAAACAAGAAUUAACAUUAAAUAAAAAUAAUAAUAAAUAAAAACUAUGGAUGCUGGUCGAACAAAAUGUUAACUAUAUAACUAAUUUUAAAAACCAGUAAUUCAUAAUUCAUAAUUGUAAUUUAUUUUAGUUUUUAUUAUUUUUUGUAUUGUAUGUCAGGCACAACUCUAUUCAUUUUUUAACUGCUUAACGUACCUAUAUUUACUGAUAGUGUAUAUUUUAAUCAUUCACUGGGCAUUUAUUUUAGAUGUAAUUGUUAUUUUUAAUAUAAUUUAUUUAUAUUUUAAAAUGUAAAUACAUAUGCCUCCAUAAAAACAUGUUCAGUGUGUUUUUUCAUCUUUUUAAAAUAUUAAAAAAAUAUAAAUAAAAUAUUUAAAAUACAAAUUUGUACAACUACUAUUUUUAAUUUUAUACAUUAAAAUUAUUUUGUUGUAAUCGAAUUUGUAUAAUUUGUAUUCUAGGGAAAAAAAGGAUUAA